AUUACUAAUGGACAGUCCAGCACCUCACCAACUACCACUACUAAUGGACAGUCCACCACCUCACCACCAACGUCAACUUCCAGUGGACAACUGAGUUCAUCAAAUCCCACCUCCACAGACAGGGAUCCCACAUCCUCUCCCUGUUGUCUGUCUUCUCCACUCCAUCCUGAUUAUCUGCACUACAUCAACAAGUCCAAGAGCUGGAUCAAUGCCAUGGAGUUCUGCAGAAGCCGUGGCUCCAAGUCCAACCUGGUGCACAUCACCAACCAGACUGUGCAUGCUGACGUGACCCAGCUCAUUGCCAAUGUGGAGCUGGCAUGUGGGGGGGUGUGGAUUGGUCUGGAGCGGUCCAUCUUUGAGUGGAACGCCCCCUGGCUGUGGACCAGUGGUGAUGUUGAUAAGGUGGUGAAGUACAAUGAGUGGCACAGCUGCUUCCCCCUCAACCCCAUAAAUUACCACUGUGGUAAGAUGGUCCGGGUUGGUAACGGAGAACUGAAGUGGCUGGAUGCUUCCUGUCAUCAGGAAUUACCCUUCAUCUGUCAAGACCUCCACUAGAGGGCUCUCCAUGACAACCUAUGACAGUCUGCAGACAGACACCACACUGAUCUGCUAGAUAGACCACCACAAUCAUGGUCUGUAAGGAACCUGCCAUUCAAAUCAUUAUAUCAUUACACCACUAUAACUACUAUUAUUAAUAAUACUAUUAUUACUAUUACUAUUACUUUUCUUAUUAUUAUCAUCUCUAUUGCAUGAUAUUACUUAAUGAUACUUAAAUAGACUGACUCAUUAGCAUUGUUAUUUGACCUAUAAUUUACUGUACUACUUUGAUUGUUUAAAAGUAGAGUAAAGAAAGGUAAAGUAAAACUUAUUAACUGAAAAUGUACUAUUUAACUCCUGUGUGAUCUGUACUGUUUGAGAACGCUAUUUAGCUAGAAUGUAAUUAUUGAUAUUUUGUACUUCCUUUCAACUUUGUUCUGAAUAAACAUCCAUUUAGCAUUU